CCCGGCUCAGUCUGGUUUGUGUCACUGUUGUAUAGGUUCGAUGACGUGUUAUAGUUCUUCUGGAAUGGGCAAAGAGCUCCCGAAGGCGUGUGUGAUUCUGUGGCAGUUGUUCCUGAUAGCCCUCGUCUUAGGAUAUCCUUUAUCACCCCCUACAUCUGAUGUAGCCCUUUCAUCAGUAAUGAAACACACUGCACCUCCGUUCUCUUCAAGGAUGCCGUCCUCAUUAAUUGCCAGCGUGCCUGUGUUAUCCAGAAUCACCGAGCAAUAUCAGCCUUUGAAUAUCAAAAAAGGUACAGGAAAAUCAGGAAAUUUCCCGAGAGAGAAUCGUCAGCAAAGAUCUGUGUCACAGAGAAAUGAAUGUUUGCAAGAUGCCGUUCAAGCCAAUAAUAAUUCAAAAAACAAUUUUAAUACCAAUAACACACAUGGUAUUGUUUUCCUGUAUCCCGAGGAAGACUUUGAGUAUUUAAAAGUACUGUUGACAAUGAACACUGGAGAACAAUAUUUAACGUUUACCAAAGCAGCACUUUGUAUAAACGAGACAAAUCGAUGGUACAAACUUGAAUUCAGUGCGCAAGAGUUCAGGCUACUUAUCUUAAAUACAUGGAUUAUUAAUGUGACAGUAGACUCUUGUUCUAUGUCUAAGGGAACAAACGUGCGCCUAUUCGGUAGGUUCCAGAGCUUAGAAGUGUCUGUCAUGGGAAGGUAUUAUUGGAGGACCAAUGAAUGCCUCUUCACUCCAUCUGAUGUCUCCGCACAAACAACAGCUGGAGUUGUUACAUUCAUCACAUUGGCCAUUGUCAUCGGUGCAGUUAUCGUUGUAGUCGUCGUUUAUCGUCGAAAACGAGGAGGUGAUAGACAAAUAACAUCAAACUCGUCAGCAUCAUAUAGCGAGUCUAAGUACCGGAACGGCCCGAUCUACGACGACGUGGUGGUGACAAAUCUGCAGGAAGAAAGAAAUACUCUACCAUAUGAACAGAUUUACGAUGAUCUGAGUUUGGGGAAACUACAAGAAGGAAGAAAUUCGUACUCGUACUACGAGAGUGUGAGCUUCGAAAAGUAAUAGGGGGGUAGAGAGUCGUAUCGUAAUAGUGAAAUCAGCGUUUACGGCUCUGUCAGGGAAUCCUGUUAGAGGGCUACACACUGGCUGCAAGACGAUAUCUCUAGAGUCUACCACAAGCAUAAUCGCUCUUGUAGGAUUAGUCUAAAAUUGAUUUGAGUGAUACACUGAGCAGCUAAAGUCAUCUCACUCUAUACAUUUUACAGCGUAUCUUGUUUCAUUAUAAGACACUACGUAUUUCUAAGACUCGAUAUAGAUAGUCCCAAGAUUUGUGUUGUGACCAGAUAGUUUAUGUUAUCUUUUAACAUACAUAAUAUACUCAAGUGUAAAUAAUAUUCACAUUUGGCCUGUUAACUGAUUCACUUGCAUUGAUCUCAUUAUACUAUUUAUACUAAUUUUCUAUUUACCUUCCAAUUCAUGAAUAACUCUUCAUAUGUAAGUCAAACAUUGCAUAUAUCAUGUAUAUCACAUAUAUGUCGUGCCUAUAGGUAAAAUUUGAGAGUUUCCUUAAAUAGCAAUGCUCUUCUUGUCGAAUAAGGGAAGCUAAAAUUUGUGUAUGCAAUAAUUUCGCUAUAAUCAUUCUGUACCUAACGAAACCAAUAUAUUUAAUUGUGUUUGUUUAUUAUUAAAUUAUUGUAAAUUUAUCUAAAAUAUAUUUAGUUGGAUUAGGCUAAAUUAAAGUGCGUUUGUUAUAACAGGGUUAGGUAAGUUUUCUAAGAUUCUUAUGGUACAAAAUUAUCGAUUUUUUACAUUAACAUAAAUGAAAAAAAUAUAUAUAUUUUUACAUGUAUAAGAGAAAAUUUUUGAAAGGACUUAAUUUUAAAUGAGCUCUUGCUAAUUGACCAGAUUUACUUAUUCGGCACGAUAUAUAUAUAUAUGCAAUAAGAUCACAGUAUACAGGUGAUUUCAAAAUAUGC